ACAGAUUUGGAUUAGUGGUGAUGGACUGAAAUUUUAAAAGUGAAAAAUUUAAUGGAGAAAGGUUUAAAACAUGGAGCUUUGUCAUUAUGGGGGGAGAAAGGAGCAGCGAAACCUGUUGUGAUUUCAGCUUCUUCAGUAACUGUUGCUUACCAAUGAGAAGAAACAGAAGAAUCCAGCCUAAGUCUUCCCAAGUAGAUGCAUUUUCUCAGUCUCAGCUGCCAACACAAGAGAGCAAUCGUCUGGGAUCUAACAAAGUCUUCCGUCAGAAAUUCAAUAGCAGUGUUAGUUCACUCCCUCAUCUGGAAGGCCAUGCCAGGCAUGGUGUGAUUGCAAGUGCUGCUAAAAUUCAUCCUCAAGACAGGAGCCUUCCUCAGAUAGCACACAAGAAUCUGCAGAAUGCACAUACAUCGCUGCAUGAAAACAGAUCUCGAGUCCAGCCACAUUUUUCCCGAUUUAACAUUGCAGAAAGCCUGCCUGAAAAUGAUAUCAAAGUCCAGUCAAAUACAUCAGAAAUAGAAAGUUCCAAUACCAGUCUCAAGCUCCCUCUGACAGCUUCAGAAGCCUUGAAAUAUUUCAGAAACCAAUUAACAGUCUAUGAACAGAAAGAAAUUCUAAGCUAUGCAGAGCUGUGGUUUCUUGGCCUAGAAGCUAAAAAGGUUGAAGGUUUGCCCGAAACGCAGAACAAUAAUUGUUAUGAUGAUGAACAUGGUUCCUACCUAAAGGUUUUACAUGACCACAUUGCAUACCGAUAUGAAGUACUGGAGAUCAUUGGGAAAGGAUCUUUUGGCCAAGUAGCAAAAUGUUUAGACCAUAAAACCAAUGAAAUAGUGGCAGUGAAAAUAAUAAGGAACAAGAAGAGAUUUCACAGUCAGGCUAUGGUGGAAGUACAGAUUCUUGAGGCUCUCCUUAAGAAAGACAAAGACAAUACUCACAACAUAGUUCACAUGAAGGAAUAUUUUUACUUUCGCAAUCACUUCUGCAUUUCCUUUGAACUGCUGGGGAUAAAUUUAUAUGAGCUGAUCAAAAAGAAUAAUUUCCAAGGUUUUAGUUUGUCUUUGAUUCGACAAUUCACUCAGUGUCUACUGAAAUGUUUACAAAUACUUUACCAGGAAAAAAUUAUCCACUGUGACCUCAAACCUGAGAACAUAUUGCUAUACCACAAAGGCCAAGGUUCAGUUAAAGUUAUUGACUUUGGAUCAAGCUGCUAUGAACACCAAAGAGUGUACACAUAUGUUCAGAGCAGAUUUUAUCGUUCACCUGAAGUAAUUCUUGGUCAUCCCUAUGCCAUGGCUAUUGACAUGUGGAGUCUGGGUUGCAUCAUGGCUGAACUUUACACUGGCUAUCCCCUCUUUCCUGGAGAGAAUGAAGUUGAGCAACUGGCCUGUAUCAUGGAGGUACUGGGUCUUCCACCGGCUGAUUUUGUUCAGACUGCAUCAAGAAGGCGAACAUUCUUUGACUCCAGAGGUUUUCCUAGAACUAUCACUAACAGCAGGGGGAAAAAGAGAUAUCCAGAUUCCAAGGAUCUAAGUACAGUGUUGAAAACCCACGAUGGCAUUUUUCUGGAUUUUCUGAAAAGAUGCCUAAGGUGGGAACCUGCACAACGCAUGACUCCAGAUGAAGCAAUGCAGCAUGAGUGGAUCCAAGAACCAAAAACACAGAAACCCAGACCAAAACCCCAGACUACAAGGGGAGUAAGUGACAGCUCCUUUCUAACCCCAGAGAAGAAAAAAGAGAAUGUACAUACAUAUGCACUAACUGGACAAGAAGACACAAUAGAAAACCAAGAGCGGAACACAAAUGAACAAACUAUUCCAGAAAAAGAAGCAGAAAACCCAGCAGAAAAAACUGUCAAGAGAGACCAGGCAGAACACAACAGUGAAACAGUUCUUCAGAAAAAUGCUGUAGUUUUGCCACCGAUUAAGUAAUGUUCAGCAUAAGCAGUGACUGGUCCAGUUUCCAUACAUGAUUCUUCACAACCAGCAGCAAUAUUUUUAAUAAGAAGGCAACUAUAGCAAUGGAGAGUGACUUAUUCUUGAUAUGACACUGGACACCUGCAUUCAAGAAUUCCUUUAACUUCCCGUGGCUAAAUCCUAAAAUGUUCAUUUAAAUCACAGAAUCUGAAUCUUACUUUUUUUUUUACAUCUCAGUUAAUCAAUCAGGAGUAACUGAACAAUGUGUUAGUGAAUUGACAUUAGUGUAUAUAAAAGGUCAGAAGAGAAAUCAGAUCCAUACUGUCUCCCUGUCUGCGAGGGAUGAGUCAGAGAGGAGUCACUGAUAGUACCUUAACAGAAUUAGAAACUCAGAUUAAAUUUUAUAGUGAGGUGCAGAUCAGGGAUUUGUACACAGCAACAGCAGGGAAGAAUGUUUAGCUCUGGUGCUCUGCGUGCCCUUCUGCAGAGACCCUUUGAUAUGAAACCAAAAUUGUGAAUGAGAUAGGGUCAGCAUUCUAGUGAAUUAACCUGCAACAGGAAUUUGACUUAAUUCGCUACAGAAUCAGAUCUGUAUGACUGCCAAUCACAGUCAUUAACUUAGAUCUAGACAGUAAGCACUUUGGACAAAGGACCAAUGUUUUACCACGUGUGUGUAGAACAACCAGCACAGUAAAACUCUCACCCCUAAUUGCAAUCCAUAGAUCCUGCUGUAUUGUUACCAUAUUGAUGAUCUCACAGUGGAUCUAAGCCAAAUGAAGACCUUUGUGUGUGUCACAGAGCCCUGAGGUGCCCUGCUCCUGAAGAGGGGAAACUGCUAGGGAGGGAGCCCUAGCAGUGACUAAGGAGCCCAGCUGUGGGUUGCCGGAGCAACCAGGAGGUCAGCUGACUGAAAGGGGCAGGGCCUGGCUCCUAUAUAAAGCAGAGACCGGAGGCCAGAGGCAGUUCCCUGCCAGCGGCCCAAGGGGAAGGAACUCUCUCAGGGAAGAAGGGUGAGGCCUGACUACAGGAGCAGCGCUUUGACACUGCUGAGGGAAGGAGUGUUCCCUGGUAGGCCAGACUAUUGUUUUAGCCAGGCAGCUUUAAUUUAUGUUACA